AUGGCCGAGAUGGUCACAUAUUUACCUAUAUCCUCACCGUUCAUCCGAUUUGCUGGUCGCUUUGUCGACGAAGCAUUUGGUGUUGCAGCGGGAUACAAUUUCUUCGUUUUUGAAGCCGCUUUGGUUCCCUUCGAGGUCGUAGCAUGCACUUUCAUCAUUCAGUUUUGGAGCCAGACCGUCCCCGUUGCAGCCAUUAUUACAGUCAUAAUUGUAGCCUAUGGAUUUCUCAAUUUCUUUGCCGUCAAAUGGUACGGAGAAUCCGAGUUCUGGCUCUCCUUAGGUAAAAUGCUGCUCAUCGUAGGGCUGAUCAUUUACACAUUCAUUGCUAUGCUUGGUGGCAACCCACUUGGAGACCGCUUUGGAUUCAGAUACUGGAAAACGCCGGGAUCUUUUGCUGAACUGUACAAGACGGGCGAUCUGGGCCGCUUCCUUGGAUUCCUGCAGUGUUUAAUCCAAGCUAGCUUCACGAUUGCAGGUCCAGACUACGUUUCCAUGGCUGCUGGCGAGGCUGAGAACCCGCGCGUGUCCAUGCCUCGCGCAUACAACGCUGUUUUCUACCGGUUAACUUCAUUCUUUGUCCUGGGAAGUAUGGCAGUGGGUAUCAACGUGCCGUAUGAUGAUCCGGUUCUUAAGGAUGCAUUUGAGAAAAAUCUUCCUGGUGCUGCUGCUUCCCCUUAUGUUGUCUCCAUGACCCGCCUUAAGAUUCCAAUUCUGCCACACAUCGUGAAUGCGGCGGUGCUCUUAGCCGCGUUUAGUGCUGGAAACAGUUUCGUAUACUGCGCCAGCCGCAGUUUGUACGGUCUCGCUCUGGAAGGGAAGGCACCCCGAAUCUUCACGCACUGCACAAAGAGCGGCGUGCCAAAGUAUACUGUUAUUCUCGUUCUCCUGAUUUCCUUGCUGGGCUUCUUACAGGUCUCGAACAGUGCGGCGGUCGUUUUGCAAUGGUUUGUUAGUCUUGUCACAGCCUCGCAGCUGAUCAACUUUGCCAUCAUGGCAUUCACAUACAUUCGCUUCAAGAAAGCUUGUGAUGUCCAAGGAUUAUCUCGCAGAACUUUGCCAUUUAGGUCGCCAUGGCAGCCGUUUUUGGCAUGGUACUCGUUUAUAGCGUGCACAGUCAUGUCCAUCGUGGGUGGCUACACGGUGUUUCUACCCGGAAAAUGGAACUUGCCGUCAUUUUUCUUUUCGUAUACGAUGAUAGCUGUGGUUCCCGCUAUAUUUUUUGGCUGGAAGUUCACCAAACGUACAAGAUUGAUUCCGCCAACGGAGGUCGAUUUAAAGAAAGAUCUCGCUGGAAUUGAAGAAUACGAAAGAAAUUUUGUUCCCCAACCACCAAAGUAUGCAUACCUGUCCAUUUACAGUACCUGUUCACAGGGAGUAUCCCUUCUACUUCUCACAUGCUAA